CUGUUAUUGUCGUUAAAUCUUGAAGAACGUCUGUUGAUUUUUACUCCAACUACUUGGUUUUUAGUCGAAAUUUCCUGCAUAUUUUGAAACGCUUCUUGAGUUAAAAAUUAAUAUUUUUCUUUUUUAACGAAACAUGUGUAAUAAUGUUGCAACGACCGAGCUACCUAACUUGUCGCGCGACUUCCUACGUGCGUGUCAAAGCGGGAACAUCCACAGAGUGGAAACUCUCGUCGAGAGAUAUGGAGUGCGCGAUUGGAGCGACUUUUGCCACUCAACAUCUGGCGAUACCGCAUUGCAUGUGGCAGCACGAGCGGGAAAUAUACAUAUUGUAAAAUAUCUGUGCGAAUGUUUCGACAUGCCAGGAUUUACAGUUAAUGUCACCAAUAAAGAUAUGAAGAGACCUUUGCAUGAAGCUGCACAAUUUGCGCAAGAGGGAGUUUUAAAAUACUUACUGGAGAGAGGUGCAUCGGUGGACGCUUUAAAGCGCGGUGAUUGGACUCCUUUGAUGCUGGCAUGUACCAAAAACGGUCCAGCAGCCUGUCAGUGCAUCAGUGCCCUUUUGACCGCUAACGCUAACGCACUUUUACGCAAUAAAGACGGUUGGACUCCGUUACUUAUCGCUUGUCGAGCUGGUGAUGAGAAUGCUAUCGAUUUAUUGUUAAAGCAUUCGCCAAAGUGCAUCAAUGAUCGAAGCAAUAAUGGUCGCAGCGCGUUACAUAUCGCUGCAUUUCAUGGCCAUGAGAGAGUGAUUAACUUGCUCGUUGCAUCAUGUGCGAAUCUCUUGAACGUACAGGAUUCUUCAGGCUCUUCGCCGCUUCAUGAGGCAGUAAAGCACGGAAACCUGAAUGCAGCGAAAUGCAUUGUACAUCUGGGGGCUAAUGUCAGCCUUGUAGACAAUGUCCGUCAAACUAUUCUACAUAUUGCUGCGCUGACUGGCAAUUCGGAAGCUGUUGAAUACAUUUUGGAGCACAAUUUGAUAGAUGUGAAUUGCGAAGCUUCUUUCGGGAUGACAUCUCUGAUGAUAGCUCAAAGGAGUAAUCAUAGCGACGUUAUUAAGAUUUUGAUUAGAUACGGCGCUAAAUAAAGUCUUUAUUCGUAAAUACUUGUUAUGUGUUACUACGUAUUUUUUAAAGUCUCUUCUAAUCAGCAGAAAUUAUAUAAGUUAAAAGCGUAAAUAAUGUAAAUCAACGUGUUCAUCUCUUUAGUUUAUACUUUUUUGCAUCUCUUACAUUAUAUACAUAUAAUUAAAAUCUAUUUUUUUGUAAACAACUUUUCCGUAAAUUUUUUAAAUAGAAAGAUUUUUUUUUUGGU